UGCUGCUACUGUUCUCACGCCGCCGACGCUACACCACACACUACAUCAGGUACACGCUCUACCCCCAUAACACCACUCGACCCUCCCUGUGCGCUCGGCACUAUUCUACCACAACAACUCGGCAAAACACGACACACUACUACGAUCCACCUUCCUGUCGCUUCUGGAAGUCCCUACCUUCUUUUCGAGGCUUGUUUCAGACCACCGUCAUUGUUCCUCCCCAAAACUCCACGUGGGCGGCCUUGCUAUCGGCAUACAUAUAUACAGCCACGUAGGAUAUCGCAUCACCAAGCGUCUAUAUACCCGCGGAGUAUCGACCAAAUCCGACCGCCAACGCUAUCUCCCUUCUCUCUAGUGCUGCGAGAAUGGCUACCGCCGAGGCCGCGUCCAGUCCGCAUGAUCGCCAUGCUCGCAAGCGCCCCUUCGCCGGCUUCAUGAAGCGCCUGGCCAAUCUCAAGUCCUCCACCACGUCCGACCACUCCGGCGCAUCUGCCAAGAAGAACCAAGGCACUGCUCAAUCCAAAUCGAAGAAGACUGCCGCAAAGAACAACCCAUAUCCAGAGUCGGGCCACGUCAACGGAACCCCGAACGGAGCCGUUCGUCCUUCCUUCUCCAGCGCCGCCACCCCGCGGUCGACCGAGAGCUUCACUUCCGUGGAAGACACUGGCGCCCCAGGCCAGCACAACAUUCUGGCAAAAAGUAACAAGUCCACCGCUCCCACCGUCGCCACUCAUGCUGGAACCGUGCAUUCCGGCAGGUCCAAGGCCGAUACGGGCAUUAGUAACACCGUCGGAGGAGGGAGCACCUUUUCCUCGCCGAAUCAUUCGGAGCGCUCACUGACAACCACUCUGACUACUAUACAAUCUACGGCUCCCGUCACUGUGCUGGCAGCAGGUCAGGCCCAAAGCACAUCAACUGCCAAUGCCCCACCUGUACAGUUCUCUCACCAGUUCCCCACCUCGCCUCCGCCAUCGGCCAUCCCCUCGCAUCUUGCGCCCCAGUCCCAGCCGAAUACAUACCAAGCUGCAACCGCAAACAACAUUCUUACAGAUAACGCAUCAAUCCUGACCUUGGCCUCUUCAUCAAAGCGCCAACGUCGCAACUCGCUCGAUACGAAUGCUUCUGUCCGUGCCUUGGCGCCGUCAUCCGUCUGGGGAGGCAGUCGAGAGUCGCUGCCACUCAGUGUCUUGUCCGGCAAUCCCGACACUAUAUACAGUCCGCAAAAUAGGCCGGGUGGUGUCGGUGUUUUUGUGAAUGCGGAACGGGCGAGCGUCUACUCGUCCUCGGGAGUAGCUGUCCCAGCACUCAGCAGCGAGCGCAACAGCUAUUAUGCCAACAAGCAGAACGCCGACGGUCUCAGCAUUCGCAGCGGGCGAUUGGGCCAUGGCCGUACGGAUAGUACCAACGGCAGCAUUGGACCCAACCCUACGAGUCCUCUGGCUAGUCCCAGGGAGAGUACCAUCCCCGGCAAACUGAACCUUCAAAGUGCGGAAGGAAAGGAGAAUGAAGAGGGCAGUGCUGAUGGAGAGGAUGCCGAGGUGCCGGCUAGCCCUGUUUCCACCGAGCCUAUGGGUAAAGGCAAAGCCAAGGCCGUCUCUGUCAAGUCCUCUGGCUUUUGA